GGCCAUAAGCGGGGGAGGGCGCGCGGGAGGUGGUGCGCAGCUAUACGCUGCAGUCGGCCGCUCGCGCGCUCACACUUGUGAAGACGCUCGGACUGCGCGAGAGGUUCUGUGUGCGAGGACGCCGCGUGCGCGUGUUGGGAUUACUCGCGCUGCGCUGCGCUGCGCCGCGCCGUGCCGCGCCGCGCACAGACGGCUCCUGGCUUGCGCGCUUUUUUUUACUCGGGCUCCAGCUGAAGAGGAGAAUCGCGGGUUUUCGAGAACACCCACACGGUUUCAGUGCGCAGCCGGGGGUGUUUGUAAGACAGCGGCGCAGCCUGGCAUUUGCAUCAACUCUUUUUCUUUUAUUAUUCUGUCAUUUCUGAAACGGAUGAGUCCCCCUGAAAUAUAAGGAUCAUCUUCGGAUAUGUCCCAACGAGGACAAACUCGAGCCAAUGGCCCGACCACCCUAAGUGAGAGCGGCGAAGGCAGAGAGGCGCAGCCCGGCCGGGGGGACCAGGCGCGCGCCGUGGUCGUGCCGUCAGAUAGCCGCGCGGGCGCGCAGGCCCGCGCGCCGCGAUUUAGCGCGCUGUCCACGUCUUCCAGCGGAUAUCACUCUCUCGACUACGAUUCCCUGCCCAGCUCUCCACUCAUGACUGAUAACAAGGCGACCCAGACUCCCAGUCCGUCUAGCCAAGCCAUUGCCCACGCGCAGGAGCGCAUAUCCCGCGCGCACGACGCCCUGCCGGAUGAUGAAAUGCAACCGGCCCUUAACCGCUUCAGACCGCGGUCGCUGUCGAUGCCGGUGGACAUGCGGCCAGAGGUGCUGGUUGCGCAGGAACUGCGGCGCAUCGGCGACGAGUUGAACAACCUGUACAUUGGGAGAGCCGGGGGCUGGAACGGCGGGGCCGCGGCCCAGGAGGUGCGCAACGAGCCCGUCUUCGUGCUCUGGAUCAACGCCCUGGUGGAACGGCUGCUAUUGAUCCUGAGGGGAAGAUGAUUGACGGCGCGUGACCCCACCCCCACCGGAACGAACCCAGCAGACGUGUAGCAUCUGGAAGGUUUCACUGUAGAUAACGUGUACAUAUGUAGGCUCUCCUUUUUUUAAUUUUGACGAUGAUAACGCAGAAAGUGUUUCGCUUCGCCUCUGGACCCGGCUGCACGAGGCCGCUUUGGACGAACCUUUCGGGAACGCCGCGGCGUCCCUUCCCCCCGGCGGCGCUCCGCCGCGCCCCGCCGACGGCUUCCUCCUCACCUCACGACUGUUUCCUGCGACACUUCGGAAAGCUGAGCCUGCGAAACCACCAAAGAGAAGCGCGUCGGACGUCGGGCCGAACCCUCGUCCCCGGGACCUCCCGCGCGGGGUGCCCGUGGCGCCGCCUUCCCCCCUCUCCGCAUUUCCUGUAAAUAACCCCCCCCUUUUUUUUUUUUUUUUAAAACAAAACCCAUUUCAUUUCUCUUUCUCCCCUCUUUUUUGCAGCCAUUCUUCCAUCUAUUUAUUUUCCCUUUUUUUGUAUUUAAUAGUGUACUCUAAGUAAUGUGUUUUUUUCUAUGUUUUGAUUUUAAGGUUUUAUUUGAAGUGGUAAUUGAUCAGUUCUCCAUUACUCAUGUCCCAGUCGUCCCUGGCCCUGGAUCUUUGGUCCGCGCCGCUCCCGCCUUUCCGAACCCAAGCCACUUACGCCAAACCAGCGCUCAGAUCGCCCCAGACGUUUACACUUCUGCUCUUAAUUUUUCAUUUCAAAAUGACUCACCAUCCUCACUGUACUUUCGCCCCCCCCAUCUUCCGCUGUAAAUUGACACCAUCCUAGACCGGUGUCCACACCUCGACCGAGUCGUGACUGUCGACCCCCGUUGCCGGGGAAACCGCUGUGUGGCGUGGAGCCUCCCUUCGCCGACAUACUGUAGCCGUUGCGAGAAGGACGGCGGGGGAGUCGGCACGCGGGUCUCGGUCGCGCCGUACCGUGUUACGCGGUGCGUUGCGCCGUAGGAGCCGCGGUAGGUCCACCCCCCGUAACUUCUCCAUCUACCUCCUUGUAUCGACACCUCUAGUGUUCGUCCCCAGAGCGGAGCGUGCAGUACCAACGGCUCCCCCCUGCUGGCGGUCCUUCUGCGGUCAUCCGAUCCCGCGCUGGACCGCAUGGGCCGGGGGGCCAGAGCCGCACCGGCCUGGGGUCCGCGCUUCGGCGCGUCGACGCCUCGCCAGUUUCGGGCACUUUAAAUCCACACGUGCCAACGUGCUUCCUUCGAAAAUCGUUCAGGGACUUUUUUCUACCAGUGUUACUAUUCUGUGUUAUUAAUAAUAAUAAUAGUAGUAGUAAUAAUAAUAAUAAUAAUAAUAAUAAUAAUAAUAAUAAUAAUGGUAAUACUAAGAGGAGCCAGAGAGGAACGUUGCGAGGAGAUGAAUUUUUAAAGUGUCGCUCGUCCCGGUUGUUCUGUUUUGCCCCCUUCGGAUGAACACGUCACCGCUGGAGCUGGUCUUGUUUAUUGUCAUUAUUGAGGAGCGAGUUAAGUCGGUCAGCUCCUUUUUUGGACGCCGGACCGUUAAAAGCUCAUUCGUCGACACUGCGGCCCAGAUGUUAUGCCUAGGGUAUGGUUUCUGUCAACACAAGCCAGGGUGUGUGUGUGUGUGUGAGAGAGAGAGAGAGAGAGAGGGAGGCAAUAAGCUGAGCGCAGUUUUUAAGAUCACGGUCCUUUUUGGCAGACGUGCGAAUUAAGAGUAUCCGCCCGGUCCCCCCCAGAGAACGACAUUCCAUUCGAGUGCGACACUCGGCGGUGACCCACUCCCACGUCACCUGGCACUCAGUCACUUAAUUAUAAUUACAAAUUUUCAGUCAUUCGUUUCCAUUCAGAUGCGUUUUUUUGUUUUUUUUUUUUUUUUUUUUUGUGCCGGUAUAUCAGGGUUUGCGGUCAAACGUUUGCAUUAGCUCUUAUGUGCAUGUUUGUGCCAGCAGAUUAAUUUCAAUGGCAUUUUUAGGAUGGUAUCAAUGGUUGAGGACCACCCACGGUGUUGCUGUCAGACUAGACUGGAAAGAUUCGCACCGCUCACAGUUGCAUUAAACGGAGUUUAUACCAUCGGAAUAAAUGCCCCGGGGUAAAUUGGGGGCCGGAAGUUCUUAGCGAUGCAUAUCUUGCACGGAAAGUUAUAGACAGACUUGGAGAAUAUGCAGGCGUGUUGAAUUCAUCGCUGCGUGUUGCAGCGUUGACCUCGGCGAUGCCUGUCAACCAGAGAUCACCGCAGGGAUUAGACGCACUGAGCCUCUCCUCUUGUAAUACUGGCAGAAAAUUGAAAUUUUAAGCAAAAUCAACACUUUCCGUUUUAAUAAUGUGGAAUUUGUUAUCGUUGGAAUGGUUUGACAUUUUCCUUUUUGGAGCAGCAAAGCGAUCAUCACUGUCGCGGUGGCAAAUAUCAUCAAGGGGGACUUUUCCAUCAGCGGUGUCCGUUGCUGGAUGCCUCCGCAAUCCGGCGCGAUCGGCUACGCCAGAGCAGGUCAUAGGGCCGUGACUUUCUGCACAUGUCCUAAUUACUCUACCAUUAUUACAACCUGAUCAAUAGCACUGACCACAUGCAGAAACUGAUUUCAUUCCACUUUACAGGACCCAGUACAUUUGUAGCAAAAUGUUUUUAUUCUUUUAUUUUAUUUUAUCAUUGUUUUAUUUUUUUUUUAAAUUUUGCACUGAAUUUUUUUGCCAAAUUGAAAUUGUGC